AUGGCACAAGAGUCCAGUUCCCAUGUGGGAACUUACAGGAGGUUCAAGCCACACCUCCUCAUGGUUUUAGCUAAAGAGGCCUAUGCAUUUCUUUAUUUGAUCACAGAAGCUUCCUUCAAUCAUGGGAUGAACCCUCAUGUCUACAUAACUUAUCGACAUAUUGGAGCCAUUGUGUCUGGCGUAGUCAUGCUCCCUUUUGCCUAUUGUCUUGAGAGAAAAGACAGACCGAAGCUCACAUUUGCUCUUUUCUUGGAACUUUUUGUUCUUUCUUUUCUGGGGAUAGGUUUGACUCUGAACAUGUACUAUGCAAGCUUAAGAUACACCUCUCCAACCUUCAUUGCAUCAAUGAUCAACACCAUAGCAUCCCUCACUUUUGUGAUUGCAGUUUUACUCAAGUUGGAGGUUCUUGAUUAUCGAAAUCCUCAUGGAUUAGCAAAAGUUUGGGGAACCGUAAUCUCCUUAGCCGGUGUAAUGACGAUGACUUUGUACCAGGGACCUAUUUUGCGAAACUUAUGGAGUCCACUGAUCCAUAUUCAAGGAAAAUCCCCCAUCCAUGAGAACUGGUUGAAGGGUUCAAUUCUAACUGUCGCUAGCUGCAUAACAUGGUCUUUAUGGUACAUUAUGCAGGCAAUCACAUUGAAAAGAUAUCCUGCACAACUAUCAUUGACAACAUGGAUGAGCUUCCUAGGGGCAGCACAGUCAGCUGUUUUCGCAGCUUGUAUAGAACAUAAACGAGCUGCAUGGACAAUUGGAUUCAACAUUGACCUCUGGUCCAUAUUGUAUUCUGUAACGGUCUGCUCUGGCCCAAUAUUCUUUAUUCAACUAUGGUGCACAGCAGAGAAAGGACCUGUCUUUCUUGGAAAGAUUGUGGUUCAACUCCGGAUAGGUUCAUGCUAUACUGCACUGUCAGAUUGA